AACAUUUGUUAGAAUUACAAAAGUGCUGUUACGCUUAGUUGAGCUUCUACUUGCUUCUGUGCCAGCAGGAAGGGGAGGAAGGAAGGAAGUAGGAGAAACACACUUUGCAAAGUAGCAAGUGCUGUCUUUUCUCGGGGGAGCACUAAUGAAAACAGCAUGAACAGUAUUUUCAGGAAAGGAAAAGGCGUUGCUCAGCCUGAUACGUUUUGACUUCGCCAGAGACAGUGUUCUGCAGAGAAUUAUUACUCCCCUGCAGUUUGAUGAAACAAGACGUGAUUUUGGUUCCAAGAAAUUAAUUUGCCUAUCUUAAGCAUUCUGCGCAGACAGUGCACGGGAAAAGGCAUUCAAAAUGUUCAACAGAAGAAAAAUGCUUCUAGCCUCAAUUGUUUUCACAGCUCUCUUCUACAAAGUGACUGCAGAGAGCGCAACACUGCUGGACAUGGCCCCAGAUGCCAUAGACGACAUGUACAAAGGAUGCCGUAAAGAGGCCUUGGAGAAGUUUGUCCACUCAGGGCUCUUAAAGCAGGAGCUAAACAGCAGUGAGGGAUUCCAGAAAGCAUGGAGUGCAAAUAGUCCGUGUUCAGAGCCGAUCCCCGGAGGAACAAAAGAACAUAUGGCUGCACUUUUGGCAUAUGUUGAAGGGGAUGAAGAUUUUUCCAAGACUUUUGACAAUGCAGUACAGACAAUGGGCGGAAAUGUUAGUACCUAUGAAAACCAGUUCCAUUACAAGUCGCUUCACUUCCUGCUCAUGGAUUCAAUGUCCCUGCUGCAUCCAAAGAAGUGUGAGACUGUGCAUAUUAUCAGAGAUAAAUACACAGCACAACAGGGCUCAAAGGUGAGAUUUGGAAAAUUCACCAAAGUUUGGUCAAGCUACAGUUUAAUGAAGAGCAUGAUGGAUUUUGAAGGGAUGGUCGUCUUUAAUAUCACUUCUUGCUUCUUUAUCAACCUGGGAACCAACAUUUGCAGUGCAGACAAGGACAUGGCCCUCUUAUCUCCGGUGGAAGUGUUUACUGUGAAUGCAACAAAGGAAAUAACUGAUAAGGAUAAUGAUUCUGAAUACACUGCAAUCGUUUUGAAACACUCAUCCCUGGAAAACACACACAACUGUUACUGUCUGUCACGGUCCCCAGCUGAUGUCUCCAGCCAGUGGCUUGUGUUGAUGCUUGUGACUUUCUCUCUUUUUUUCUUUAACUAGACAGAUGAAAAAGUAAUCAGCAACUCAGAUUGCAUUGGGAGUUACUAAAACACAAAACGCUGCUUUGUUUGUAGCCGAACAACAAACCAUCUGUGUGGUUGAAAUGCUGACAGUUAAGGUGUCGUAGGCUUUUGUAGUUGCUUGCAAAAAAUACAGUCAUUUCAGUUUUUCUUUAUGACUACCAAAACAUUUUCUUCAUUCAUAUCAGCAGAAGUAUAUACUGAUGUCAACACCUCUCUGAUGAGACCUCUGUGGUAUCUUUUUUGUAGUUCUUUUUUGUGGAUAUUUUAAAUGUUUGUUAGUGUGUGUGCAGUAGAGAGAGGGGAGGGGGGCUUUAAGAUGAGUUGAGCUUUAUAUAAACACAUACACUGGUUGAAUUGCUCUUCUAUUCUCUCAAAACUUUUUACAACUGUUUAUACAUUCACCUUUGAGAAUCUUUCCAUGUGACAACUAGACUUACAGCCGUUUGCAAACUGUGGAUUAUCUGGAUCCUGGCCUAUAACAGUUUUGUCUUUAUUUGUAAUUCUUGCAGAAAGAAACGACUGCAUGACUUUAAAUGACACUAUGUGGUGAUUUUAAAGGACAUUUGGUUGGGUUUCUAGGUCAAAUUGCAUGAGGCCACUUUACUGCAGUCACCAAUAGAACGGACAAUAUCAUUGACUCAAUGUGAAUAUAUGUUUUUAUAGAAGACUUCCCAGCAUGCCUUUUUCCAAAUUACAUUUUUUAUUUUGAAGAGAACAGACUUUUCAUCUUUUUUUGUGGCUUUACAUGUGAAAUGUAAUGGUUGUUUCUUUUUAAGAUGAAAACAAUAAAAAUUAUGAUGAAGA